AUGACUCUGGUUAACAGUCGGCCCGAGCUCAUGAAUCUAUCGUUCUCCGGCUGUGGAUUCCUUUGUGUAUAUCACGCCGGAGUCGCCGCAGCCAUCAAAGAAUACGCACCACAACUACUUCAGAAUAAGAUUCUUGGAGCAUCGGCCGGAUCAAUAGUUGCUUGUGGUCUCAUUACAAAUGUAUGCAUAUCACAUGCCACAAGCACAAUACUCAAAGUAGUUAGUCAAGCAAGAGCAAGGACAUUUGGACCUCUUCAUCCCGAAUUUAAUCUUCUAGGAAUAGUUCGUGAAGAGCUGGAACAUAUAUUGCCGCCAAAUGCAUAUGAAAUGUGCACUGGUCGUCUGGUCAUCUCACUCACUCGAUGGAGUGACCACGAAAAUGUAAUAAUCGAAGAUUACGAUUCAAAUGCGGAUCUCAUUGAUGCUAUCAUGUGCUCUUGUUUCAUCCCGCUAUAUUGUGGAAUUACACCACCAAAGUUCCGAGGAGUUCAAUAUAUAGAUGGAGGAGUAUCAGAUAAUCAACCUAUUUAUGAUGAACACACAGUCACAGUAUCCCCAUUUUCGGGAGAAUCAGACAUUUGCCCACCUGAUUGGGAUAGUGGAAGCAUGCUUGGAGUGGAUUUCAAUGGAACAUCUAUCAGAUUUACUGCCAGAAAUAUGUUCCGAUUAAUGGCUUGUCUAUGGCCUAGAUCAACAGAUGACUUGUCGAAAAUGUGUUUGCAGGGAUUUGGAGAUGCAUUGAGAUUUUUAACUAAAUAUGGAAUGGCCCCAUGCAUACGCUGUCUGACAAUUCAAACUAGUGAUGCCAAUGCUGUUGCUGUCGGAGGACGUGUAUCAUCUGAAUGCUUCUCAGAGAAUGAUGACACUAAGAAGGCAGUUUCAGCGAUGCCAAACACUAUGAAUAGAAUUAGAAAACGUGCAAGCACAAACGCUCUUAACAGCUUCCGUACUCGUGGCGAAUCAGAAUGUGAGACGUGUGGUGACAGUGACAUUCCACUGGAAGAAGUCAACAUUCAAAGCUUCUUCCCAAGUAUUAUGAAGAAACCAUUCGAGGAUGCAGUUGCUGCUGAAAAAUCAAUCUUCCAAUAUGUGAUGUCAUUCCGUUUGGUUCGUUAUGCAACAACAGCAAUGGGUAUUUCAAAGUUUCCGCUCGACAUGGCGGUUGCAUUUGUCAAAAAGUUGGUGAACUCACCGGCCGAUUUGGCCAUACUGACAGCUUUCUUUGGCAGAGUCCAUCAAUAUCUGGAUAUGGUCAGCCCUCCACAAUGGAUUCGGCUCAAACUUCGCAGCCUUGCCGACUUCAUUUUGGGCGAGGUAGAAAAGCAAAAAUCGAGAUAUACAAACUUCUCCUGCCUUGUCGCUGUCUCUGAAACUGACAACUUCGGAUCCGUUCUCGCUUCAUCUACAAUGGACAAAGACGAACACAAAGAAAUCGAAAUGAGCGAGGAUGCUGAAAAGGAAAUGCGACUACUCCGUGAAAGAGAUCGCCGGAGGAAAAUUCUCAAAAAGGCUGGAAAGAUAACUCCAAAUAACUCGGAAAGCUCUCUUCCAACAGAUGUUUAUGACGUGGAUUCAUUCGAACAUGUUGUCGAUUUUACAAGAAGUCACGACGCCCUGUAUGAGUUCCAUUACUUGGAUGAGAACAAAGUUAUGCGAACAUUCGGUCUCUUUACUGAUCAUCACCCUCAACCAACCGCUUCUCCAUCUCAUCAUCAUCAUUCGAGAAGUCUCGGAUGUCCCAGUCGCCUUGUUCAUGUUCCUGAAGAAGAUGAAGACGUUGCUUCUGCUGUAUCUGCCCCUGCUGUAAUAUUCCAUGGAGGAGAGGUUGUUGCUGCUGAAUUUGAAGAGUCAGAUGACAAAGAUUCGGGUCUAUCUGGGAUUGAUACUACGAAAGUCGGAGAACCAUCUCCAAGUAAACGUGAUGCAUGUUGUUCUCCAGUCCGUGAUUUUGACGAUCAAGCAACCUCUUCAAUGCCAGAAUCAACGCUACGAAGAGGAGAUAACCGACGUGGAAGUCAACGAAGAUACAUCCGAGAUACCCUUGAAUCAAGAAAAGCAAAGAAGUCAUCAACAGUCUCCCCCUCCGUUCAAGCAACGUCAUCGGAUUCCGAAGGAGUAGACGGAACCGAGAAGUUGUUUGUCCCAUCCCGCAAAGCAUGGCGAGCUAGCAGUGAUUUCGAUAACAAGGAUUCUGGAACGUCUUCUCAUAAUAAACAUACCGACACAACAACAGCCUGA